GCCUACACUAGAGGUCAGCACUGAAUGCAGUGAUUAUUGUUUGCAAACGAUUGCAGCGAUUGUGUUGUGAAUGCAUUUCAGCGCCAAACCAAUGAAACCAAUCGACAAACCCAUGGAUGACAAUAACGACCGCAACGGUGGCGACGAGUCCAAAGAUGACACCAAAGUCGUCGACUCCACCACCGAUGGGGACAAUGAGGACGUGAUAACGAUGUUGGAUGUGCUCCAAGAGGAACAGGACUUAGAGGACGACGCGUUCGCAGUGCUCGCCGGCAGUGACGACAAGAACUGCACGUAUCUUAAGGGAUACGUGAGUCGACAGGCGCUGUACGCGUGCCAGACGUGCCCAUUGGUGGCCACGAGUGCCGCCGAAGCCGAGAAUGGGUGUCCCCCGCGCGCCGCCAUAUGCCUC